AACGGUGGUGGGGGCUGGGCCCAGGGCUGGGGCUGGGACCGCUGUAUGCAAUGGGAACCAGGGCCUGGAGAGGGGGCACAGGCCCCAGCAUUUGACUGCCCAGUCUGGUGUGUCCUCUGCCAGGGAUGUAGGGCUAGGCUCAGGGAGGCCUGCCAGAGAGGGAGGGGGGCCAUCAGACUGCCCACAGACAUGGUUAGCAUCAAACUCCAGCUCUUUGACAUCCACCAAGUCCCCAAGGUGUUCCGGGAGGAUGGCAUCAUCUCGGGAUACCGUCACCCCCAAAGCUCCGCCCUGGACUGCAUCCUUAGCAGCUUCCAGAUGACCAAUGAGACCGUCAACAUCUGGACCCACUUCCUGCCCACAUGGUACUUCCUGUGGCGCUUCAGUGUCCUGUGCUCCACACUGAACUUCCUGUCGGAGAGCUACACCUGGCCGCUGCUGGUGUACAUGCUGCUAAUCUGCGUGUACCCCUUCACCUCCAGCUGUGCCCACACCUUCAGCACCAUGUCCCCCGAGGCACGCCACAUCUGCUACUUCUUCGACUACGGCGCCCUCAGCCUCUACAGCCUGGGUUGUGCCAUAACUUAUAGCUCCUAUGUGAUGCCUGACUGCUGGGUCAACAGCUGGCUGCACCAACACUUUGUGCCCAUCGCCAUCUGCAACACACUAUUCUGCACGAGCCUGUCCUGCUAUUCUAGAUUCCUGGAGAUGCAGUUUCCACACCGGAGUAAAAUUCUCCGGACAGGGGCAUUUGUCUUUCCAUUCAUCUUUGACAACAUCCCUCUAUUUUACAGACUGCUGCUGUGCUGCGGGGGCAGCUGCUGUCAUAGUGAGGCCCUGCCCAGUCACUGUUACCACCUCCUCUUUGCCUUCCUCACCUGUUUCCUGUUUGCCUCACACCUCCCAGAGAGGCUGGCCCCGGGGCGCUUCGACUACUUUGGUCACAGUCACCAGCUUUUCCACAUCUGUGCCGUGGUGGGUACCCACUUCCAGAUGGAGGCGGUGCUAGCAGAUAUGACCUCACGCAGGGCGUGGCUCAUCGCCCAGGCGGCCGUACCCUCCUUCCUGAGUACCGUGGGGGCACUGGCCCUCGGCAUCAUCCUCAACCUAGGCAUCAUUGGCAUCUUCAGUGCACCUCUGCUGUGGAACCCUCACCACAGUGCCAACCACCCACUGACGCCACCCACGAAACGCAAGGAACAGUGACACUCCCCACAACCAGUGACCACCCAGUAUGUUCAAAUUAAAAGGUUUGGCUAAAUCAUUCUACCAGUCGUAAUAACCAUAAUAAGUUAUAUUAUACCUUUUAAAACCAGGUAGUAUUUGUAUAAACCCAUUGGAUUAUUAUCACAGGAUGGGUUUUCUACAUGUUAUUCUAACGUCAUUAUAAGGUUUGUUUAGGACUUUAUUAAUGUGUUCACUGUUUGAAGCCGAAUACCCAGCUAUUUUUAUGAAGCCUUUCAGUUAUUCAGUAUCAUUGUAUACUGUUAAAAGUUUUGGAGGUAUUUUGAGUUAAAGUAUCAUAUGCCAACUUCUUUUCACUUAUACUUGAAAGGAUCUGGGUUGUAUGAAGCAUAUGUGAUGUCUAACAACACAUAAAAGUGCCUUUAUUUAUAUAUAUAUAUAUUGACCCAAAUGUUACCUAGUACUUGUAAAUAUUAUUUCUGGUUCGUGUAAAUCUCAAACUGGAAAAAUCUUUAACUGUAAAUUUGCAGGGAAUUUUCAUAUUAAUAUAUAAGUAUUUAGCUACUGUUUUUGAAAUGUCCUAUAUAUUUGUAAGCCAUUAUUAGAACAUCUCAAAACCCAUAUUUAAUAUAAAUUAUGACUAUCCAUUACAUGAUUCUCAUGACUUCUAAAAUAAUCUGUACUCUCACUAACUGGAUUACUUAGUAUGAUUCCACCAUUUUGUUUUAAUAUUCAAUACCAUCUCAUUUAAAUCUCCACUAUGACUUGAAUAGAUGUAUAGACCAGUGUAGUGCUCAGAUUAACCUGCUCUAAACGUCUACACUAAGAAAGGUGCUAUCUAGGACCUAAAAGGGUUCUUCCACUGCCCCCAUAGGAGAACCCUUUAAAGAACCCUUUUUGGUUCCAGCUAGAACCCUUUUGAGUUCCUUGUAGAACCCUUUCCACAGAGGGUUCUACAUAGAACCCAAAAGAGUUCUACCUGGAGUCAAAAAGGGUUCUACCUGAAACCAAAAAGGUUUCUCCUAUGGGGACAGCCGAAGAACCCUUUUUUUUCUAAGUGUGUACCUGAAAGCUACAGCACUGUACCAUGUCUAUGAUUAAAAAACAGGUGACAUUUUACAGAGGUACGUUUCCAUGGAAACUGCAUGGUUCUUCGCAGUUUGUGUUCCUGUGAAUGCCCAGUCACUUGAAUUGUUCCUUGGAGUACUUCUACAACAUACAGUAAUGGUCAUUGGAUGCAUUUUUUUGAAACACUAUGUGCUGUUUAAAUGUCAGAGAAUUACUGAAAUUCUAGGUAGGACCGAGAUAGGACAUUCCAAAUGACCUUGUUUAUAACUGCAAUCUGAUGGAAGAAAUCUUAGAUGAUGGUGCACAACAGAACUGAAUGAGUGAUGUCACCUCACCUCCCAGGAAUGGGGAUGUGGUCAGUGGAGGUCAAAGGGUCUUGGCACUGUCGUAUUCAUGUGGUAUCGUGGUGGUCAUUGCAGGUUUAUGACAAACCAAUACACCGCUCACCCCAUGCUGGUAUAAACAUUGUCAGUGGCUAUUGUUUACAUGUAUCCUCGAAAAAGAGUGUGGUAUCUCUUGAGUAUUUAUUCCUUGUGGUAUAUAUAACAGCACCUACUGUUUCUGUUCAGUUGUAAAGUGUGAAGCAUAUGUACAGUUAAUGUACAGCCAAAAUAAAGGAAACACCAACGUAAAGUGUCUUAAUAGGGUGUUGGGCCACCACGAGCUUCCAGAACAGCUUCUAUGCCUUGGCAUAGAUUCUACAAGUGUCUGGAACUCUAUUGGAGGGAUGCGACACCAUUCUUCCACGAGAAGUUCCAUCAUUUGGUGUUAUGUUGAUGGUGGUGGAAAACGCUGUCUUAGGUGCCGCUCCAGAUUCUCCCAUAAGUGUUCAAUUGGGUUGAGAUCUGGUGACGGAGACACACACACACACACACACACACACCCUUUAAAACCCUUAUGCUCCUUUGAGACCCCUCUUUCAAAGUCACUGAAAUCUCUUCUUGCUAUGGUAGCCAAAAUAAUGGGAAACUGGGCAUUUUUAUACAUGACCCUAAGCAUGAUGGGAUAUUAAGUGCUUAAUUAACUCAGGAACCACACCUGUGUGGAAGCACAUGCUUUCAUUUACAUUUACAUUUAAGUCAUUUAGCAGACGCUCUUAUCCAGAGCGACUUACAAAUUGGUGCGUUCACCUUAAGACAUCCAGUGGAACAGCCACUUUACAAUAGUGCAUCUAAAUCUUUUAA